AUACACGUCCUUAGUGACACGCAGUAACCGGUCAUUCAUCCCACUGUUUCCGACCCAAGACGAGAUCGGUUGACAGCCAGGCAUUGUUUUUAAUUUAUUUUUAUUCCGUUGUAUGCUUUUCCGUAUACUUGGUACCCUAUCCAAGAAGGUAUCGGACGCUGUGUACCGAGCAGCUCUCGCUAUGAAGCCUCAGGUUGUAUUUGUGUUGGGUGGGCCUGGUGCAGGGAAAGGUACCCAGUGCUCUAAAAUCGUUGAGAGCUACAGCUACACUCACUUGUCAGCAGGUGACCUUCUGCGAGCAGAACGGGGUCGGGAAGGGUCAGAGUUCGGACAACUCAUUGACAGCUACAUCAAGGAGGGCAAGAUCGUUCCUGUGGAGAUCACUAUCAACUUACUGAGGAAGGCCAUGGAGGAGACCAUGAAGCUGGACAAGGAGAAGUUCCGCUUCCUGAUUGACGGCUUUCCCCGCAACCAAGACAACCUGGAGGGUUGGAACGCCCUCAUGCGGGACGAAGCCGACCUUAGAUUCAUUCUCUUCUUUGAUUGCAGUAACCAGGUGUGCAUUGACAGGUGUCUGGAGAGGGGGAAGAGCAGUGGGCGUGUAGACGACAACAGAGAGAGCCUGCAGAAACGGAUCCAAACCUACCUGCAGUCAACAAGGCCCAUCAUUGAGCUGUACCAGAAGAAGGGGAAGGUGAGGACUGUGGACGCCUCCCGGGACGUGGACGAGGUGUUUGCUGAUGUGAAGAGCCUCCUGGACAAAGAAGGCUGAAGCCCCUCCAUUCCACCACCCCCACCCCAACCGGCCAUCCAAGCAGCCAAAGACAGGACCCCUUAGGCUGGGUUUUAACACUGUUGGAUAUAACAGAGGUCACAGUUAGGCAAUACUUCAUAUGUUUACAUAUAUACGCUUACCUUUCGUUCUUUGUUUAAAAACAUAGGCUACAGUAUGGUGGGUGGGAGUGUGGUGGCCCCUGCCCUACAAUGCACACUGCCCUUUUUUAGGGACAUUGAACAAGUGGGCAUGGCUAGCUUUCAGAAAAUAGUUUUUUGGAUGCUUAUGUAGUUAAGCGUAGGAGCACUUACUUUUAGACUAUCUCUGAGCUUGAGGGCUACUCUGUUUAAAUGGCAGUAGGAGAUGGAUAUUGCAAAGAGCUUAUUUUGUAUUGUAUGUUAGCUGUGCUGCUUUUGUAGCUGCAGCUGUGGAUAGAGAACUGUAUGGAGUCUUGAAGAGUGAGUGAGUGAGUGAGUGAGUGAGUGAGUGAGUGAGUGAGUGAGUGAGUGAGUGAGUGAGUGAGUGAGUGAGUGAGUGAGUGAGUGAGUGAGUGAGUGAGUGAGUGAGUGAGUGAGUGAGUGAGUGAGUGAGUGAGUGAGUGAACAUGACGUCUUGCAUUUGUACAGUACAUAAUCGCUCUAGGGAGCUGUGAGUUUAACACAAAUGGUGUUCCACACAGAGAGCCAUUUGUCGUGAUCAGGCUGGAGGAGAGGGUCCCAGGGUGGGCUCGUGGGGGGAGAGUCGCCCCCUGUUGGUGACUUGCAGUGCUUCCUUUCAACCCCCGUGUAGAGAGCUGUGUCUCUUCUGUCAAUAUUGGUAUUCCGUCCCCUGUGGUGUUUCAUUCAAGGCUAGGAUCUCGCUGAGACCGCUGAGAACUACAAGGGGUACUAUGAACCCAAAUUACAACGAGCUGUCAUUGGCUGGCAGUCACAUCAGGAACUCCCCUCUGAAUAAACUCCCCAUCUGUCUUUUUUAAAUACCACAGAUCACUGAGACAUUGUAUGUAAAAUUCCUCUACAUUUGCAUUUGAAAAUAAUUGAAAAGUAUGGAGGCAUUGUAUGCUCUGUACUUGAUCCCAAUGAUGGCUGUUCUGGUUCAUGGUUAUUUUCAUAGUUGUCCUUAUGUGGUCAGAUUCAUAUAUAUAUAUAUUUUUUGGUUUUAUACUGAACCCCCCCCCCCCAGUACCGGAUCAUUUGUCACACCUCUCUCCCACCCCUCCACCCUUUCCCUCACCUUAGUGGUGUUGUUACUUAGCAGGUCAGUACAACUGCAGAAAUGUAGUUCACAAACCGUCUUUACGUGUUCUUGUGUCAUGUAAAAUCAUGAAAUUUUGCCAGAAAAAGGACCAGUUACUGAAACUUGAAUUUGUUUUUAUUUUCUGUGAAGGGAAGAAAUUAAAAGGUGAAACUGAAAUGUAAAAAUAUAUUAUUCCCUCCUA